GGCGCAGUGGGGAAGCCCUCUGCGUGGAAGGUGACUGUACCUUUAAGAAGCCGUCCACGCAGCGCAUGAAGGGCUUUUUUUUGGGAGGAGAGGGGGGGGGGGGCUAUUAUUCCUCAGCGCACCUUCGGCUCCGUCAUCAGACGAUGCACCUUGGUCCUUUCCUCUCUGCGGCGGACACAAAUGACAGAGCCCGAACAACGACGGUCAGCUUGAUAAAAUAAGUGAUGGAUCCAGUGUGACUAUUUUUUUUUUAUAACAACAACAACUCGUCCUGCUCGCCUUUACAACUCGGUCGCUAUGGAAACUUGUGCCAGAGGCUGCGCCCCGGCGGUGCGCCUUUGUCAAAAACUGAACCGACUCAAAACACUGGAGGAUGACAUGAUGGCCACGUCGCUGAAGCGCUGCCUCUCCACCCUGGACCUGACCCUGCUGGGAGUCGGGGGCAUGGUGGGCUCCGGGCUCUACGUCCUGACCGGAACAGUGGCCAAAGACACGGUCGGGCCUGCCAUCAUCAUAUCAUUCAUUAUUGCAGGAUUUGCCUCUCUACUGGCAGCUUUUUGUUAUGCGGAGUUUGGAGCGCGCAUCCCCAAAACUGGAUCUGCCUACAUGUUCACUUACGUGUCUGUGGGAGAGGUCUGGGCCUUUCUCAUUGGUUGGAAUGUGAUUCUAGAGAACAUGAUUGGUGGCGCUGCCGUGGCCCGUGCCUGGAGUGGCUCUCUGGACUCCAUCUUUAACCACGCCAUCCAGAACUUCACAGAGACGCACGUCAUGCACUGGGACGUGCACUUCCUUGCCCAUUACCCCGACAUCCUUGCAGCAGGGAUUCUGGUAUUUGCCUCAUUCUUUAUUUCCUUUGGAGUUCAAGUGUCCUCCUACCUCAAUCACAUCUUCUCCACUAUUAGCAUGUGUGUCAUCAUUUUCAUUCUGGUGUUUGGCUUCAUUCUGGCCGAACCGGUCAAUUGGACCAUAGAUGAAGGAGGUUUCGCACCUUUCGGGCUAUCUGGAAUACUGGCGGGAUCGGCCACAUGCUUCUACGCAUUUGUGGGCUUUGAUGUAAUCGCGUCUUCGAGUGAGGAGGCGAAGAACCCUCAGAAAUCUGUUCCCAUUGCCACUGCCAUCUCCCUUGGAUUGGCAGCCGCAGCUUACAUCCUGGUCUCCACGGUGCUAACACUAAUGGUACCCUGGCAUACGCUGGACCCCAACUCGGCUCUGGCAGAUGCCUUCUUCCGCCGGGGUUACAGUUGGGCUGGAGUUAUUGUGGCAAUUGGGUCCAUCUGUGCCAUGAACACGGUGCUGCUCUGUAAUCUCUUCUCCCUCCCUCGCAUUGUCUACGCCAUGGCAGAGGAUGGCUUGUUUUUCUCCAUUUUCGCACGAGUCAACCCCAUCACCAAAGUCCCCGUCAAUGCCAUACUGGUGUUUGGAAUCCUCAUGGCCACCAUGGCUCUCGUCUUUGACCUGGAGGCACUGGUUCAGUUCCUGUCCAUCGGCACCCUCCUGGCGUACACCUUUGUGGCAGCGAGCGUUAUCGUGCUGCGCUUCCAGCCUAACAAAACCAGCUCCAAGGGAACCGCUUCCACAUCCCCCAACCCUUCGGCCGGUCCUUCUGAGGGCCCCUCCGAGUCGCAGACCAUAAACGAAGACAGCGGGGAGCUGAAGCAGUACGAGUCCUUCUCGGACAAACUCCAGCUGGUAGAGCGACAGGCCUCAACAGAGCACCGCGGGGCGGGACAGCUGAAGGCCUACUGGGAACCAUACCUGGGCAAGCUGCUGGGGCAGUGUGAGCCGGGCGAGGUGGUGGGUCACUGCGUGCUGACUAUCAUAGUGAGCUCGGUCUCCCUCUGUGUGGUUUUAGAAUUUGGUACCAAACAGCUCCAUCUGCCUGUCUGGAGCUUCGUAACGCUGCUGGUGAUUUUCAGCUUGGCUUAUGUUCUCAGCCUGACACUCAUAUGGUUGCACGAGCCACAAACCAGCAGCAAAACAUUCCAGGUACCAUUGGUUCCAUUGACUCCAGCUGCCAGUAUUCUCAUUAAUAUAUUCCUCAUGAUGAAGCUCAACUAUCUAACCUGGAUUCGUUUCACCGUAUGGAUUGCAAUAGGCCUCUUUGUGUAUUUCGGCUACGGAAUCUGGCACAGUAAGGAAGGAUUGCGGGAGCUGCAGCCCAAAGACAUGGCCGCCCGGUACGUGGUGCUACCCAGCGGCAGCCUGGUAGAGACCGUGCAGUCUGUCCAGCCUGAAGGACAACUGGACGCCUCGGCGCACCACAUCGGCCCCUCCACCGCCCCGACAUCUGAGGAGUUCGCAGGAAAUAGAUGAUGUGUGUCUCCCACUCAUGUGCUUCAGCAUUUCUACUGCUCUCCGCGUCUUACUCUUGUGUGUGUGUGUGUGUGUGUGUGUGUAUGUGUGUGUGUGUCUGGCCCGCCACAGUCUAUACUCGUUGCUUUCCAAACGUAAGCAGGAUGGGAUGCACGCUCUCUGUCCUGUUGUGAAGCCUAUUUGUAUAUCUUGUAAUACUUGAAUGUACAUUAUGGAGCUUUAUUACUGUCCUGUAAACUCUAAGCAUCAAAGUUGUGUUGUAUCCCUUUUUUUCUUGCAACAUUGCCAGUUUGUAGACAUUCACAUGGUUAUGUUAUAUAUAUGGUGCUUUCUUCGUGACAAGUGUGUAGUUAAAGGUGCAAAAUUGAUAUUCAGAGCAUUAACAAAGCAACAAGGUCAUAGUCCCCCCCCCCCCUCCUCUAUGAGGUAAACCCUGUUUGCUUGGUCAGUACUGCCAUGUUGAGAGCCUAGAGGAAGCAAUAGACAUGUUCUGAAAUUUGUAUAGAGGACCUUGAGGUACACACAGUGUCGUUGAUUUUUAUUUUUUACAAAUGCUAAACACAGACUGGGAACUGGACAAUAAUUUCCAGCAUAUUAAGCAAUCUUAUGUUGCAUGUUUCAGUUUUUCAGCCAAGCAGAGGUAUGCACAGUCUUUUGUGGGUUUACAUGUUUGCCUUUUUUUCACAACCUCAAGAGAAACUACAAACUCAAAUCAUUUGGAUUGUCUUUGUCCAUCUUCUCCUUUUGGUACUCAUAGACUGCCCAAAGAAAAUUGUUUCCUGAAUAUUAUUUACUCUCAUAUUUAAAAAAUAUGUAUUCCAUUUUUUUACAGAUCUCCUUAGCUUCUGAGUUGUUCUUGUCCUUUUUCAAUGUCUGUGUUCUAUGUUUUGCAUGUGCAUAUGUUCUCUAUUAGUAAUUUGUGUUCACCUUUUAGUGACUUCAGUGCUUUAGUUAAUCUUAUCCCAUGAUCCCAUGCCCUUGUCCAGCCCUUUAUCAAUAUUUUUAAAACCGCAGCCUCCUACCCUGUUUCUUUGUUGGUAUGAGAUUAGAAAAUGUAUAGAUUGAGUCUGUUAUUUAACGGGGUACUCCUGAGAUAACUAGAUUAUAUUAAAUAUAUAUAUAUAUAGAAAUCUAAGGCAAGCACAAACCUUCUGAAUGGCAAUCUUCACACACAGGAUUGAGACAGGCAGACUUUUGUGUUCCAUGUUUCUGAGGCCUCCGUAAUCCCAGAAGAUUUGGAUCAAUCCCUGUCACCAGUCUGCAGUUUGACCUAGAUUAGAUACGAGCACACAUGUGAGAGCACUCAUCUUCUACAGAUAACAACCCACACUUGUAAACGAUGUCAACGAGUGAAGGAUGUUUCAUUACAUAAAACGUAAAUGUACUUAAUGUCUAUGAUUUUUGUUAUCAUUUAUUUCAAUUUGUGUUAGCAUUUGUUGCAUAAGAAACCGAUGGCCUUAAACGUGUUGUAACGAAUGCAGACUAAUUCCCAAAGUUAUUUAUCAGUCUGUUCGAUUAAAAAAAAAAAAACUCCUACACAGAACUUUCAUCAUUUCUUAUUACUAAAAUGACAUACAAACAUGGACGUGAAGUUGAAGUAGGAGGCAUUUUGGCAAUCGUAGAUUUUUGUACAACUUUGCACAAUGAGAACUAUUGUCUGGUCAUUUUGUGUUCCACAGUUAUGCUUCGGAUGUCGGAGGUCAGUAACAUUGAUACUGUGUUGCUUUAUAAGCUAAACAUCCUGUCACCUCUUUCUCACAAUUACAAAUUACACAAUUAUUUUCUCACUUCUGAAUUGUAUUGUACUCUUUACUUGCACACGAGUUCUUAAAUAUUUCUGUUUAUAGUAUAGGUCUGUAUAAAAUGCUAAAGACUGUGUUAUAAAUGAAAAAUAAAUGUUUUGAAACAGCA